AUGCGCUGCGCCGAGGCUGCUUCUGCUGGCGUCGACAUUGCUGGAAACGACGACGACGCGUAUGUCACAGACGUCACACUUGUCCCGAUUAUCUUACAAAUGCCUCCAUCUUCCCUCUGCCUUGCCUGCUCUUCUUCAAUCUUGAAGCUAGACGAGUCGUUCAAGACUCCGUGCUGUGGCCGGGUCAUUUGCUCCUCUUGCACCUCGGGGAAUCCACGCCUCACCCGAUAUAAUCCAUGCUUGGCUUGUUUAGGAGGGAUUGCGGUCGUUGCCCAUCAGGCGAAGCUACAAAAUGUCGAUGGUGGGGUUCUGGAUGAAGAGACAUUUGUGGUUGGCGAUGACGAGGAAGACGAUACUGGAGGAGUCGAGCAUUCCAACACGCAGCCAUCUUCGAUUGAGCAUUUGGACUCUUUGCCGGUCGGUCCGGGGGAUAAGUAUUUCGUGAAGCGGAACGAUACACUGAGAGGCAUUGCUCUUCGUUUCAGGGUCGACGGACGUUUAUUAUGCCAGCUGAAUAAUCUACCUCCUUCGACUCUUAGCACAACUCCACAUCUCCUCCACACUCGCGCAUUUCUCACACUACCACCAUCUGCCCACUCUCAGAUGCAAGCAUCGGACACUCGGCCUAACAGCGAUGAAGAGCGUGCCCGGGAGGUCAGACGAACUCGUGAACGAGCCGAGAAGCGACUGCAGACUCUGACCAAAGAAGUAGACUGGCGGGUUGCAAAGAUGUACGUAGCCCUUGCUGACGACCCGGCAUCAACCGAUGCUUUCCGUCUCAAACAAAAGGAACUAAGCGCCGCCGCAUCUUCAGCAAUCACUCUGGAAGACAUGGCGGUCGACCAAUAUUUAGAGGAUCUCGAAUGGGAAGCGGACCAACUACGUGCCGGGCUAAGCCCAAAAAUUUCCCGGUGCCCUAUCAAACAACAAUAA